AUUUUUAAAAUGAGAUGGUCAUAUUUUGGUAUAUUUCUGAUGGUCUUUCCAGCGUGGCGGGAGUUUUGUUAAUUAUGCUAAACAAAAAUUUCUCUACUAUUAGCAACUGCUUUCCGCUGGUUUGCAAGACCAUAGAAACACAAUGCGGAAUUACGCAGCAGGGACCUGUGGCCAGGUACGAGCUGGACCAACUCCUGAGACAACUAAAUGCUAAGGAAAGGCUAUUGGCAUCCAAAUUCUAUUGCCAGUUACCAGCCAAUGUUGGCAGCUUUCGGGUUUUACUUCAGCUACAGCAAUUGCGGAUCCUCACCGCCACGGAGUAUAUAUUAAGUAAAGAACACUCUGAGCAGCUCCAGGUGAAUUUAAUUAUAUUUCUGGAAACUGAGUACGAGCUCCUGGCCAAUCUCUUUGUAUCUGCGGCCUAUGAUGCGGAGUCUGGAAUGAAGCUUUCGGCUAUUCUGGCAGACGCUUUGGGCAAUCUCUUUACUGGACUCGUGGCCGAUCCGAAGAUAAGCAACCUAAGCUAUGUCGAUCCGUUGUGCAGUGCCCUGCCAGCAGCCGAUGCCAUGGGCGUGUGUAUGAAUAUGCAUUUGAGCACCUUGCUGGAACUGCACAAAGCUAAGGACAUCAAUGAGGCAUUUGCCAGCUUUAGUGCCUGGAUCAAUGAAGGUGUGGACGAGCUAACCUUUGUAAAGCUUCUCUGUGAAAAGCUCUUUGCCUGCCAUCACCAAGAGGCUCUUCAAGUCCUGUUCAAACAGUCAAACUCCGAAAACUUCACGAAUUGGAAGUUCUACCUCAUCUUGGUGCAGUCCAUAGCCAGCACCUGCAAUUCGGAAACAACAGCGUUUAUGAAAAAAUACCUCAAAAGCCGAGUACUGCACAUGGCUACAACUGGUUGUCUGACUUCUCUCUUGCAUUUGUUGCUGACGGCGCGUGCCACGUCAGCCUGCACAAUGGACAUUCACAGCAAUCUCGAUAACUACGCUAAGUGGUACAAGCAGAACAUUGGGGAAAUGUCCUACCUCCUGCGACCAGAACAUUUUCAGAUGGCCCUAGGUCUUCUAGAGGAGUCGUUGCAUUAUGAAAGUGAACUGCAGUACCUCGAGAUCCAUGCCGCGAUUGCUCUAUCACCUGGAGGUCGAAUUGUUCAGGCGUACAAAACAAAAUGUAGAGCAUAUUUGUCCCAGUUAAAAAAAGGGGAGAAAGCGUAAGCGUCUGAAGAAAAAUAAUAAAAAAAAUAAUCUUAGCA